AUGGCCGUGCCUGCUCCGUCGGCUACUCCUGCCUUGGACAAGAAAAAAGCGUCCGUGAAGAUGCUGGUGGCACUUUAUCCCAGGAUUCCGAAGACUGCAUCGGUCCUGCUGGAUUUCUUCAUCAAGCGCGAGAGCAAGGUGUCGCUGAUGCGCGGUCCGCUGUCGCACUUCUGCCAGGAAGAGGUGGUGCUCCACGCGCAAGAAUUCCUCGUCAAGCUCAGCAAGCAGGUCAUCACGUACCAGGACGUCCGCGAUAUGGUCGACAAUUUGGUCGGUCUCCAUAACAUGUGUAUAAAGAAAAAUACAGAAGUUGCGAAAGAACUUGGUCUCACCUUACGCAAGCUGAUUAUCAUCAUUUGCGAGGUUGCGACGUCCUUGGAGAAGAUCGCCGAGGUCCCCGUUUCGGACUGGAUGGCCUUCGGUGAUGCUAUUGUCAACAAGCUUGAACGGCUGAAUCCACCUCAACCUCUUCCGUUCGCCGUGUUUAUUCCACGGGUACGUGACUUCCAGAACAUGAAGAUGCUCGGGGCUGGCGGCUUUGGGGCCGUGUACCUGGCCAACUAUCGCCCUGCCAACUUCGUGGCGACGGUGAAGCUGGUGAACAUGGACCGGUUCAGUCGGCACAAGCAGGCCGCCAUGGACAAGGUUGUCGCGUCCGUCAUCAGGAACCCGUUUCUCGUCAAGUACUACUGUUGCUUCUGCGUCAAGGAGGCGUACGUGACCAUCAUGGAGUACAUCGCUGGCCUGGACCUGAUGCGUGUGGUAACCAAGGAGGAGUUCUUGGACGUCGAGGCGGUGCGCGUUAUCAUGGCCCAACUGAUCCUUGCGUUGGAGCACAUGCACUUGCGCGGAUUUCUCCACCGAGAUAUCAAGGUGUCUAACAUGCUGAUUUUGCCAGGCGGGCGAGUCAAAGUCAUCGACUUCGACACCGCUAAGGUCUGCAAUGGUCACUGCCGCGCUGCCGACUGGUGGUCGGCAGGCAUCGUCAUGUACAAGCUGACGACAGGCCGGGUGCCAUUCCGAGGAAAGUCCAAGCAGUUGCUCCGCGAGCGCAUAAUCGCGUCACCGCUAAAGUGGCCACGGGCUGAGGACCAUCCACACUCGGCGACCACGCCGUCCAAGGACAUGACGUACCGGAUGCUCAAGAAGAACCCCGUGGAACGCCUCGGCUCCCGCAACUACAGCGACUUGAAGACGCACAUGUUCUUCGACCAGUUCAACUGGCAGAAGCUCUACAGCAAGACUGAAUUGUGCCACAUUCCAAGCAUCGCCGAAAUUAUGAACAGCGACGCCGAGAAAGACCGCAAGACGGGAGACCCCGAGGACAAGCGGAAGCACCAGCAGAUCGAGGAGAUGACCGACGUCAGCGCCGAAAGCCAGAAACCGUUGCUUUGUUACGCUUCGCCAAGUUUCAAGAAACUCAUGCUCAAGGUAAAAUCGAGCAGGACGCCUAUCAAGGUUUCCGAAGCGUUCAUGGAGUCUAGCGGUGAGAAUACCGCUGCCAUCGACUAUCAGGCGACCUCUUCGAUGUCCAUGAGCCGAACCGCAGCUGUAAGCAGGAUAAAGUAA